AUGUCCGAGACGGCUCCAGCUGCCCCCGCGGCCCCGGCCCCGCCCGUCCCCGCGGAGAAGGCCCCGGCCAAGAAGAAGGUGAAGAAGCCGGCGGCGGGCGGAGCGCGGCGCAAGGCUGCGGGGCCCUCGGUGUCCGAGCUGAUCACCAAGGCGGUGGCGGCGUCCAAGGAGCGCAAUGGGGUGUCCCUGGCCGCCCUGAAAAAGGCGCUGGCCGCCGCCGGCUACGACGUGGAGAAGAACAACAGCCGCAUCAAGCUGGGGCUCAAGAGCCUGGUCACCAAAGGCACCUUGGUGCAGACCAAAGGCACCGGCGCCUCGGGCUCUUUCAAGAUCAACAAGAAGGCGGCCGGCUCCGAAGGCAAGGCCAAGCCCAAGGCUAGGAGGUCCGCGGCCGCCGCCAAGCCCAAGAAGGCGGCCGGGGCCGCCAAGAAGCCCAAAAAGCCGGCGGCCUCCGGAGCUAAGAAGAGCGUGAAGAAGACCCCGAAGAAAGCCAAGAAGCCGGCGGCGGCCAAAAAGGCAGCCAAAAGCCCGAAAAAGGCCAAAGCCGCUAAGCCCAAGAAAGCAGUCAAGAGUCCGGCCAAGCCGAAGGCGGUGAAGCCCAAAGCGGCUAAGCCCAAGGCUGCAAAGCCUAAGACGGCCAAGCCCAAGAAGGCUGCGGCGGCCAAGAAGAAGUAGGGAGGGCCUGCGCCAAC